CCAUUCGCCUUAUAUUAAAAUUAAAAUAGCUAUAGAGUUUAUAAUUAUAAUUAUAUACACACACUGACACACUCAUAUCUUUCUCUCUUUCCCUUUCCUGCAACCCCAUCACACCAACAAAUCUCAACUAACAAUUCCCAGUUAAAUACACGUACACUCGAUCACACACGCAUUCAUUAAUCAAAACACAACACACAAAUUAUCAUCAAACAUUUCAAUCGAUGGCUGAAAAAAUCUACCCUGCCUCAAAACCAAACACCGGCCCCACCCCUGCCGCAUCAGCCGGAAAUCCUUCUUUUCCGGCCACAAAAGCACAGCUCUACAACCACACACGUCCAGUGUACCGUCCACAGCCUCGCCGCAGUCGCCGUAGCUGCUGCUGCUGUUUAUUCCUAUGGAUCGUUUUCAUUGCCGUUAUAUUAUGUUUUAUUGCGGCUAUAACCGGCGGUGUGAUGUACGUAUUGUACCGUCCACACCGGCCGGUGUUUGCUGUAUCAUCAUUACAUGUUUCUCAGAUGAAUCUGACGUCAUCCAAUAAACUUACUACGAAAUUCAACAUCACUAUAACCGCUCGUAAUCCUAACAAAAAGAUCGUGUUUGUUUACGAUACGAUUUCCGUUCAUUUUAACACAAAAGAUGUUAACGUCGGUGACGGCUCCAUAACGGCGUUCACAAUGGGAAAGAAAAAUACUACUAUUUUGCGAUCAAUAGUUUCGGUUACAGGACAAGAUGUAGAUGCUGAUAAAAGUAGUGGUUUGAAAACAGAUCUCAAGAGUAAAAAAAGUUUGAUAUUGAAAGUGCAACUGGAUACUAAAGUUAAAGCGAAAAUCGGAAGUUUAAAGACGAAGAAAUUACCGAUUAGAGUUAGUUGUGAUGGAAUCAAGGCGGUUGCUCCUAGUGGUAAGACGGCGACGACGGCGACGGUGUCUGAUGCGAAAUGUAAGGUGGAUCUUCGGAUUAAGAUCUGGAAGUUUACUAUUUGAUUAUUACAUAAAUAUAUGAACAACAAGGUGUGUGUGUGUGUACGUGUUUGAUUUUGAUUUUGAAUUUGAAUUACGAAACUAUUUUUGCUGAAACUUUUUGGAGGGGAUAUAUAAUCUUCAUUGAUUAUUUAGGAUAAGGAAUUAUUGCAUACUCUUAAUUUGUAUCAAUCGAUAUAAGAAGAAGACCGUUUAUAUUUUUGAAUAUCUUUACCAUUCAUAUCGUUUGAAAAUUUGGUCA